UUUAUCAGCUCACAACACAAAGAUUGUUAGUCCAGAUAUAUACAUGUACUUACAAUGGAAGGUUCACUUAUUCGUAAUACAUUGUUUGAAAAUAUUCACUUGAACAGGAAAUAGCUAUGGAGUCAGAACCCAGAGAAACGAAUCCAUUUGAAGUAAAGAAGACACAACUAUACAGCAGUGAAACAGAAGAGUCGAUAAACCUUAACCAGGAUACACCGGAAGAUCUCUCUAACCGCGACAAUGAACACAGUGAUGUACUGGAAGACGAUGCUGAAGAUUAUGACAUAUCAGAUCAUGACGUUCCGGCAAAAGAUCUUGCGCAUCUAAAUGCAGCUGGAAAUGCUGCCAUCACAAAGAGCGUUCCAGGUAUAGAUGCAAAUGUUACUGCCCUGAUAGCUGAUGAUAAAACUCGUGUUGACAGCAAUGGUAUUGACAAUUCGAAACAACCAGGGAGCAACUGUUCCGCUGAAUCAAAUGAAAAAGAAUAUGAUGAAACGCAAACAUAUAUCUACGACAGAUAUUCACCAUCAAUUAAAGAGAAUGUCUUUAAAGAUAAAAGAAAAUCGCCAGUUAUAACAAUGCAAGACAAUGCAAGGGAUGAGAUGAAUUAUGAGGGCACACAACCUGAAAAAGAACUUAGCGCGGAAGAAUCACCCACAAUUAAAGAAGCUGACUCAAUGCAAUUUAACAAAGAUCAAACCAAAGAACCGUUAAACGAUACUUCAGACAAUAAUGUCGAGCAUAUAGGAGCUGAUGAAAGUGUUUAUAAAGACACUCUUAAAAAUUCGAUUGGCAAAGAAAGGGUAUCAACACCAGAUACUUUAUCACCAUCCUGUGAACGCGCCGAUGUUUCUUGCGAUGUGUCGGAGAAAUCUCAGAAUCAGAUUGUGUCGUCUGGUGAAAUAUUAGAAAUUCCUAAUGUACAUUCCAAAGUCUAUGUAAAACAAAUUCCAGUACCUGUAGUGGAGCAUAAUGAUACAAAUUCUUCCCAUAGUUCCUCUUGUAGCAACGGGUCAUUUCCACCAGAUUAUGAAUGCGCUGUACGGAAUGCGAGAAGCUAUCCACCGUUCACACAAAACCUUCCAGACAGUGACAAUGCUAAUCUGCCACAGGUUUACCAAGAACCACCACCUUGUUACCCACAAAGUAACUUUUCUGGAGCCGUAGAACAAAAGACUGCAGGUCCGUAUCAAACUUCCUCCGAUUUAGGUCACAUUUCAAGCGUUAUGUCGCCAAGUAGUAGAUCAGUUACAGAACCAUACAAGUCCAGUUCUGUCAAAUCUGAAACGAACGAAAACGCGACACAAGGGCAUGCAGCAAAUAGUUCCUGGAAUUAUUACGCGCCUGUGACGGGUGAUUCAGCAAAUGCGUGUAGUGAUUAUGCUACGUAUACUCAAUACGCGGAAUACGACAGGCAGUUUGGUACACAAUCUCAAGGAUUUGCAGAUGGUGAGGGACGAGGGGCCCCGGACCCAAUGCUCCCCGUUCAAGUUGAUGCUGAAGAAAUGGCAGCCUUUGAGGCACAUCAACAGUAUAUGGCUUCUUGCGCAACGGCACCAUAUCCGGGAAUAGCAAAACAAGAUGGUGUCCAGACAGGUCAAGGUCAUUUUAAGCUUCCGUCAGCAACAAGUCAGAGUCAAGAAACAAUGCUGGCACAACAACUCAGAAAGCCGAGGAAAGUUGUAGUACCUGCAGACCCUAUGCGAUGGACUGUGAGCCAUGUGAAGGAAUGGCUUGAGUGGACGCUCGGAGAGUACAGCCUAUAUGACGUCAUUGACGUAGAGAAAUUCCCAAUCGUCAAUGGCCGUGAGCUCUGUAACAUGUCUCGAGACCAGUUCGGAAAAGCCAUUGGUCAAUACGAGGCUGCCGAAAAGCUCCUACAUCACCUUGAAUAUCUAAGAGAAUCUUACAAGGCGGGAAAUGAUAGCACUUCACAGCCGGCGUCGGGUCCAGAGCCGGGAUUCAGUAAGUCGUGGUCACCACAACAAAGUCCACCGCCAGGCUAUCCAACUGGGAUCGCUGGUUUUGGCAAGUCUGGGUUCGAAUCUCCACAUGCGCAGUGGAAGUCAUCACAAGAUGCAUACCAAAUACUUGGGCCUAUUUCAGCGAGAUUCUCAAAUACUGGUGGAGGUCAAAUACAGCUAUGGCAGUUUUUGUUGGAACUACUUUCUGACAGUCGGAACGCUCAAAUUAUUGCGUGGGAGGGAACCAAUGGGGAAUUCAAACUUUCAGACCCGGAUGAAGUGGCUAGAAAAUGGGGUGAAAGAAAAAGCAAACCAAAUAUGAACUAUGACAAACUAAGUAGGGCACUGAGGUACUACUACGAUAAAAAUAUAAUGACGAAAGUCCAUGGAAAAAGAUAUGCAUACAAAUUUGAUUUUGCCGGACUUGCUCAGGCCAUGCAGCCGACCACACCUGAUCAUAGUGCUUAUAAAUACCAACAGGACAUGUUAAUGUCGGCAUACUCGUCACCAAAAUUGAACUUUAUUUCACCCUCGCAUGGCCCGAUUACUUCAGCCCCAUCUCCCGGAAUAUUUGGUACGGGAAAUCCGUAUCCUUGGCCAUCAACAACAUCUGGGUUCUUUCCGCCAAGUAUUCCAAAUCACGUGAUGUCACACGGGCACCUGCCGUCACAUAUGUCAUCAUAUUAUUGAUGGCAAGUAAAGACUAUAUACAGCAAGAAGCAAAUACACAAAUAUGCACAAAACUACAUGCAUGCUAGUUCGACAGUUAUAAAAAAUUGAAACAUAUCAUUUGGAGGCUUGUCAUGUAGUUUAUAUGUGGAUUUUGGAAGAGUUUUAGUUUUCAAGUUUUCAAGUAAAUUCCGCAUGCCUUUUAUACAGGUUAGGAAUUCAUGUACAAGAUUCUAACAACGUUAAUCAGUGCGUGUAUAAUAUGUAGGGAGCAACGGUUUAUAUACAGGGGUCAAAGAACUUAUUGCAACGCGCGAUUGUUGUGCAUCAGGCCUCCCAAUCAUAUAGUAUCGCACGGUCUCAUAUAUCUGUAUAGCCAAACCGUGUCAAUUUUCUGGAUGUCUUCUCUGAAACGUAACACUUUCGAUGAUGUAGACAUAAGACAUACAUUUGUAAUAUGGGCUUAUUUUGGUUUUAAGACUUACAAAUUGUGAUUUGAAAGUCUUUGUUUUGUAAUGUUUGUUUGUUUAUAUGUCUAUCUUAUUUCUUCGCGUAUACAAUGUCUGUUUGUAGAGGAUUUACGCGAGUUUCAGACUGAAGCAGAUCUCAGUUUCCAUUACGGAAAAAACAUUGGAUAAUUGCUUCUGUUAUUUUUAAAAAAGAAAAAUAUCUCUCUGCAAUAUUUAAGUAUUAAUUCUUUAUCAUAAAGAAAUGAUUGUAUUAUUGUACAUAUCUAUGCUCUGUAAAUUCUGUUUAGUGCUGAUUUUAAAUUAUUUGAAUAUUACAUUAAACUGAAAUUUCUCAUUCA